GUGAUUUAUACCUCUUGUUUUAGUGCUGUGUUCCAAGGUUGAGCUUUUGACUUGUUUUUAUUUUACCUAAAUAAUACAUUACGGGAGGACUAUAUUUCUUUGAAACUUGAAGUUCUCUCUAAAUUUGUUAAAGAAACGAUCUAUCAAUAAUUUGUAUCAAGUGUUUUGUUUUCAUAGAUAUUGUAGGCACACUAAAGGAAAAUGUUGAAUUCAUGUAAGUACCUACUUUCUUUUAGUUUUUUGUUUAAAUUGUGAUGGCAAUGUUAUUUAUAUUUAUUUGAAAAUUCCUCAUAGUUUUUCGUGGCCUUCUUGGCACGGAAGAGUCUCCGUCGAAAGUCCUUGAAGUUCGAUCUGACAACUAUAUUUCAAGACCGGUCCGCUACAGGGAAGAUUCUAUGAUACUAUAUGCCCCGAAAAUACCUCCAGAUACGAAAAAUACCAAGGAAAGAUUCUUUGAAAUUAUAUUACACAAACCGUUUACUGAAAGCUUGCAUCAUGUGUACAGCUUGUUUAGAUCAGAAAACCAAGAAGAAGCAGAAGAAAGGUUUAUUACUUAUAAGGAGAGAAUACCAUUAUACAUCAAGAUAACAAAGGAGUGUACUGUUCCCAGUCUUCAAAAAUUAUGUGAUGUGUUAUCCGAACAUAGAUCUUGGACUAUAGCUCAUUUAGUAGCCCAUUUAGGGCCUCAUGACUUAUUCAAUGAUCCAGAGAUACAAAGCCACAUAGAUGACACAGACCCAUUAUCGGGUACUACCCCAGUUAUGGUUGCUGUUAAAAGUUGCAAUUUACGAAUGGUCCAAAGCCUCGUGUCAUUGAACUGCUCUUUGGACGUGUUAGACCGUGAUGGAAACACCGUAUUCCAUUACGCAGCCGCUAGUAACAAGGAGAUCAUUAACGUGUUGGCAGGCAAGGCGGCUUCAUCUUUGAACGUGUACAAUAAACAAGGAUAUACACCAUUACACAUGGCAUGUCUCGCAAACGCACCGGACUGCGUCAGAUCUUUAUUGCUAGCGGGCGCCGAUGUCAAUCUAUCUGCAGCUAAGAGAUCUACUAGCACUUUGCCCGGUAUUGUAGGCGAAUUACUUCAAGACAACCAACCAAAACUUUACCAACAAGACAUGAAACACGGAGGCACGCCCUUACACUGGGCUAUAUCUAGAGAAGUGAUUGAAGCUCUAGUCGACAAGAACUGUGAUAUAAACGCACUUAAUUUCGAUGGACGCACCGCUUUACAUAUAAUGGUGUUGCGUGGAAGACUAGAAUGUGUGAUAGCAUUAUUGUCAAGGGGUGCGGAAAACUCUAUAGGUGAUAAGGAUGGCAAUACGCCUCUCCAUUUGGCUGUGAAGCAGACGAAUAUACCUAUAGUACAGGCUUUAGUUGUUUUCGGAGCUAAUUUGGAGUUGAGAAACAAUGAGGGUUACACAGCAAGACAUUGUGUACCAAUAGAAAUGUCUAGCAGUAUUUAUGACAAGAUUUUGUUUGUGCUACACGCUGUGGGUGCAAAGAGGUGUUCUGGUGAUAUGUCUGGAUGUAGACCUGGUUGCUCCUCCCGCGGCGAGUAUAACGGAGUGCCGCCGCCGCCCGUUGCCCGCGCACCCGCCAGGAAAGUCAUCAACGAUAUGCUCACCGUCGCCGGCAUCGAGAAGGCGUCGGGUUUUACCGAUGACCAAAAAGUUGGCAGGUUACUUUGCCUAGAUGGCGGUGGAAUCCGAGGUUUAGUACUAGUCCAAGUACUUUUAACACUCGAAGAAGCUUUAGGCAAGCCCAUUAUUUCCUGCUUCGAUUGGGUCGCGGGGACAAGCACAGGGGGUAUACUUGCCCUCGCUUUGGCAUGUGGCAAGUCCCUGAGGGACUGUCAGAGAUUGUACUUCAGAUUAAAGGAAUUAGCAUUCGUUGGAAUGAGGCCUUAUCCUUCUGAAGCUUUAGAGAAUAUACUUAAGGAUUGCUUGGGUACAGAGACAGUAAUGGCGGACAUAAAGCAUCCAAAGUUGAUGAUCCUAGCGGUGUUAGCGGACAGGAAACCAGUAGAUCUUCACAUAUUCAGGAAUUAUCAAUCGGCUCAAGAGAUUUUAGACGCCUAUAAUGGCACUGCCAGUCCUCGAGCGGAGGCAGGGGAUCAAGUAUCCGUUGUAUCCCUACCCGCACCGCCGCCUCCCUCCGAACAAUUGGUGUGGCAAGCCGCUAGGGCUUCCGGGGCUGCGCCUUCCUAUUUUAGAGCCUCGGGCAGAUACUUAGAUGGGGGACUGAUUGGCAACAAUCCUACAUUAGAUGCACUUACUGAGUUAACGGAGCUUAGAUUGGCUUUGAACGGCGUUGGGGAGUUUCAGGAAGCGAAGAAGACAAAUCUAAAAGUUGUCGUAUCUUGUGGUACAGGUUUAAUACCAGUGAAAAAAUUAAAAGACAUUGAUGUUUUCAAACCGGAGAGCAUAUGGGACACAGCAAGAUUAGCUUUGGGGGUGUCAGCGAUUGGUGGGCUGUUAGUCGAUCAGGCUACUCAAUCGGACGGUCGCGUGGUGGAGCGCGCGCGCGCUUGGUGCAGCUCCCUGGGGGCGCCGUACUUCCGUUUCUCGCCGCACAUGUCCGCGGACGUGGCGAUGGACGAGCGCGCUGACGACCGCCUAGUUACCAUGCUGUGGGAAGCGCACGCGUACAUGCGGGAACAUCGCGACGAGGUCAACGACCUGGCCGCGUUACUACGGGACUGAGGUGAACUAUUUAUUUGGGGAUGAUUAUGAUUAUAGUAGUUUAUGCAACUGUCAUUUUAAAAGGGGUAUUA